GUUAACUACUAUAUAACUAAUAGUAUCAGGGGCUUAAAUAUGAGUAGUGUAUCUCCGUUGAAGGCGUUACAUAGUGCUACUACUAAUCAAGGAGCCAUAACUUUUCUUAAAGGAGAUGAAGUCACAGAAUCCAUUAAGGAUGCUACUCAUGUUAAAUUUGGUAAUGAAGAUCAUCCGUAUGAAUUAGAUACUGUAACUAAUUUUUAUAAUGAUGAUAAAGCUCAGAAUCUUCGUGCAGUAGUGUUUUGUUGGUUACAUGAUAAAUCAUCUAUUGUAGAUUAUAGACGAGAGUGUACUGAAUUAGGUAUACCUGAUUUCAAGUUUUUAGUUAAGACUGAAUUAACUACUUGGUUAAAUGGUAAUUCAGAUUCAUGUACAUUUGUUAAGGAAGAAGAAGAUGAUAAUGAAAAUAAAUCAUUAAAAAAAACUAGUGGAGCAGAUAUUUCUACUACUUCUACUAGUGGUACUGGUAGUGGUAGUAGUAGUAGUUCAACUAAAAAGCAUAAAUUGGAAGAUCCUCAAAUCGAUAGAAUUUCAGUAUUUGAACGAGAAUCAAUAGAUCAUAAUGCUGCUUUAAGAGGAUCUAAGAAUAUUGAUUUUGGAUAUUUGAUAUCCGAUGCUAAGAAAUUUAUAAGUCAAUUAAAGAGGGCUAGAACCUCAGGAGAUAUUAAAAAGAAAUCAUCAGGUGGACCCAAGAAACAACCAAUUAUUAUUGUUUCUCCUGCAACUACGGCUUUAUUAUCAUUAUCUAAUGUUAAACAAUUUCUUGAAGAAGGAGCAUUUGUUGAACCAGAUCCAAGUAAUAAACCAACAGGACUUGUAACUAUUCGUCAUAAAUCAGAUAAAUUAAUAUCAUCUGCUCAACAAAUAAUAGUAGUGGAUAAUGUAGAUAUGUUUAAUAAACCAGAAUAUUGGGAUAGAGUAGUAGCUAUAUUUACUACAGGACAAGCAUGGCAAUUUUCCAAAUAUAAAUAUGCUAAACCUGAAGAACUUUUCCAACAUUAUGCGGGAUUCUAUCUUUCAUAUCAAGCUGAUCCAACUCCUCGUCAAAUAAAAGAUUGGAAUGUUAAUGAGAUUAAAGUAGAUAGAGAUAAAAGAUUCAGAGAUACUAUGAUUGUAAGAGAUUUCUGGACUGAUAUUGAUAAGAUUCUUCUUGCUAAGGGAUAUGGAAAGGAUUAAACUAAUUAAUAUCAAUAUAAACUUGUAAUAUUUCAUAUAUACACUACUUCAAUAAACU